UUAUUGCUGUGUGGAUUCUCGUUAAAUUUUUUUCUCUGCGUUUUCGUUCUCAGUUCGUUUUUUACUCUUAACGUGAACGGUUUGUUGGAAAACGUUUUGUUACACCACGAAUUUAUUUGUUUUGUGGUGACGCCGCCAUGUCCAAACCAACUUCUAAUAUUAGUGUUAAAUUCUUAAUACAUUUAGUUGGUGAACGUCCUGCUUUGUGGGAUAAAACUUCGGAGGAUUACAAGGAUCGUGCAUUGAAGGAGACAUCAUGGCGCGAAAUUUGCACGUUUAUCAACGAAAAUUUCGAUGAUAUGAAACCGACGGCAAGAGCAGAAUUUACUCGAAUGAUUACAAGAAAAUGGACACACAUACGUGAUUCCUGGGUCAAAUCGAUGAAGUACGGCUACGAUGAAGUUACCAAAGAACCCCCAAAACCCUACAUUUACCACAAUGAAUUGAAAUUUAUGCAAAAGAUAUUGAAAUGCAAACCGCCACGUUACAAUCUCAAUAUGUCACAACUAAGCAACAUGCAUUUUGAGGAAUUCUAUAAGGAUAAAAAUGACACACAAAACAGCGAUGACGUGGAGCAUAACGACGAGGAGGAAGAGUAUUUAAAUACUGAACAUUUAAAACAAGAACCGAAUAACAGUGUGAAUGAAAACAAGCACGUGGUAAUAAAUGAGGCGGCAGAUAUGGUGGAUGAUGAGGAAGAUGAUUGGCCUUUGGAAAACACUGAAAUAACACCCAUGAUAGAGGAGAAAAAGUUUCCAGUGCCAGCAGUUAAAAAGAAACGUAUGAGUAUUUUUAAAAGUUCUGGCAAUGAAGAUGAUUCUGUAAAUCAACCGGAAGUGGUGCGUCCUUCCCCCUAUCUAAUGUCCAAUGCCGACAAAUAUGCGUAUGAAAAUCGCCAUUGGAAUUUCUUUAAGGGUAUUUUACCCUCCGUCAAUGGUUUGGAUGAGGAUCAUGUUUUGCAAUUCCAAUCGGGUGUCAUUGUGUUGCUACAAAAAUUACGCGAAUCACAAAAACAUCAAAAGAAACCCAACACCAAACGAGUACAUUCGCAUUCUUUGUUUAGAGGCUGUGGCCGGAAACGCCGAAAUUCCAAUGAUGACGAUUACGAUUGGCCCGUUUGUAAUACAAAAGUAAAUUAUCAAAACGAAAGAAGAUCAACAAGACGUACUACCGAUCCUAUAGCAGCCGAAGAUAUGCAGUCGGAAAAUGAAUCUUGUUCGGAUAAUUAAUUACUUAAUAUUUUAUGCAAUAUUAAGUUUAGUUAAGAAUUUAAUAAUUGAUAUACAUAUGUAGAUGUACUAUUUAAUUUAUGGAUAUUUUCUAUUCUACAAUUUUAAACAAUAAAAAAUUAAAUUUAUUUUUUAAUGUAAAAUAA